AGAGGCCUUGUCAAGGUCCGGCAUCUCUUUCGGGGCUAAUAAAAGCACCAGUUCAGACUCCUCUACAUCUGAUGUCGAUGGUACUCAUAAAUAUGCAUCAGCAGACAAAGGUGUGGCUGAGGUUCUGUUCGGCCUUCGGAAGCCUGGAGCGAGUGCUCUGUUCAAGCCCAACCCAUCAUCCAGCAGCACCGUAACAGCCCGAGACCUCGUCAUUGCUGUCAGCAACGGCGACACGGAAACAGUGAAAACAUUGUCAAGUCUAUUGGUGACAAGGUGAACGAAUCAGUGGAUGGUCUGACGGCAUUGCAGACGGGGUGUUACAAAGGUCAUGCUGACAUAGUCAAGCUUCUGAUCGGUGCUAAGGCUGAUCUGAACAAGGCCGACGAUGAGGGAGACACACCUCUGCACUUUGCUGUGUCAGGAGAGCAGCCCAAUAUGGUAGGGAUACUGCUGGACGCCAAGGUACGGGGCAACACGAAGAACAACAAGGGACUGACACCAUUACAUCUGGCAGUGGCCAAGAAGGACCCCAGCACCCGGUGUCUGAAGACACUCAUACAGUACAAAUGUGAUCCUAACACACAGGAUGAGGAGGGAGAUACGCCCCUUCACGAUGCACUCAGAACCCAUAACCAGCAUCUUCUUGAUCCCUUCCUGGAGUGUGCCCAGCUGAAUCUGAGACUCGCCAAUUCUAAAGGCAGCAACCCUUUCCAUGAAGCAUGUGUGUCGCUCUCUGGGGCAACAGAAUUUCCACAAGCACUGAUAAAGAGAGAUCCGAAGAUUGUCAACGUCCCCAUGAACAACGCCCUCACCCCGAUACAUAUCGCAGCCUUCCGGAGUUUUGUGGCCCUGGCAGGUGUCCUGGUGAAGGCUGGCUGCAAUGUCAAUGCUCGGGACGACAACGGCAAGACAGCUCUUCAUAUGGCUGUACAAAGAUGUAAUCUUCAGAUUGUGCAACUGCUCCUUGAAUCCGGGGCGGAGAUCAACGUCCAAGACCAGGAAGGAAAUUCUCCUCUACACGCCACCCACAUGGACAGCACGCUGCCCAGAGCUGAAGGUCCAAAAGACGCGGAUUUGUCCCUGGAAAUCCAUUGUCAUCUUGUAGAACGAGGAGGGGACAUCAGAUUGACGAACAAAGCCGGGAAGACACCUCUAGAUUUCGUGAAGAACAAGGAAGUGCGAGUAAUGUUGGAGAGAAUUGCAAAACGACCCUUGCCCUCGUCAGUGAGCCAAUCAAAGCGUCUACCAGCACACUGGGAAACCAUAGGACAGGAUGGGUUCAAGAAGGUGGAGCUGAGUGAGUCCAACCCGGUGACGGCCUUUGAAUACAGACAUGUUGAGUCAAAGGUGGAAGAAACGCUGUCCAAUAAGAGCAUCGUGUCCAUCUACCGUAUCCAGAAUGUCGCAUUGUGGGAACAGUAUACUGUCGCAAAGGUCAACAUGGAACGUGAAUACGGUCGGGGUCUUGCCAACGAAAAGCAACUCUUUCACGGAACCACACCAGACUCGGCUGAUCUCAUCCCGCACCAAAACAUCGACUUCCGGUUAGCCGGAAGUAGAGUAGGCGCCUUCUAUGGCCAAGGAGCGUACUUUGCUGUGGAUGCCAAGCACUCGGAUGGUUAUGCUAAAGAAGACGCACGGCGUCACAGGUUCAUGUUUUUGGCUAAAGUUCUGGUGGGGAAGUCGAGGCAAGGGAACCCAGAGUUAAAACGUCCCCCAGUGUUGAAUGCCAGCAACAAAACUAAACUCGCUGACUCAGCAUGUGAUAAGGAAACAGACCCGAGAAUCUACGUGAUUUUCAGCGAAGGUCAAAUAUACCCCGAGUAUCUGAUUGAAUAUCGUUAAAUCUCAAUUUAUCGUGUGUGUAUUUACCGGGGGGCGGAGGUUGUGCCAGGAAUGCAGACAGCAAGCCUUCAAUAUGUCCCGCUCUUAUUGGCAGGAUUCAUUUUGUCUUUCGAUAAAAUCCUUAUCAAUUGACUCUCUACGUAAGUAACAUAUUUCUUUUAAUCUUAGACAUGUUGUAUCUUAAAUGUUCUCCCUGACUUUUUAAAGGCAAAUAAUAUUUGAACGGUCUGUGAGCGCUACGUUUCAAGAGGUGUUUCAUCAUUGCAAGAUGGCGUAGGGAGUAAAUGAUUUGGGCAGUCAUACGUAAUAUUGCAGGAUCUAUUUUAGUUCGAAAAUGCUCAUUUUAUAUUGUAAAAGUCUUUGCGAAACGCUGAAAAUGUGAAUGCUACAGAUCAACGUACAUUAUUAACAUUGAAUUUUAUAAAUAAUUAACGCUUAAUACAUGUUUUUAAUUCACCAUAACAUGCUCCCUACACUAAUAUAUUAGACUGUGGUAAGCCCAUUUUGGUUGUCCCUCACCGUGAUAUUGUGAAAAGCGGUCUAAAUCCGAAAUCACUCACUCACUCUUCUUGAACCUGCGAAUUGUGACCAACAGCGUACAGACAAAGGACCACCAUCGGCUGGUUCCUUUCAGGAAUGCGCCAGUGAAGAAUCAAGCAACUUCUUUUUAUAUAUAAGCAUAUUAUUCUAGUUUAACUACACCUGUUGUAAUUGAUGUGAGGAAAAGUUACAUUUGAAACCUAUUAACCACUAGUUGUUUGUAAGGGAACUUGUUGAUAUUCUACUCACAAUGUCACCUGACAUUUGUAUUUCAUACAUUCUCUAGGCGUUGGGAAUUGAGAACUAAUGAAAUAAAAACUAUGAUAAUUCAC